AGAGAGCUUAUAUAUAACACAGAGAGAUAGAGACAGGGAACCAGAACUUGGAACACCACUGCCUGGCCUGGUUGAUACCAUCUUGAUCGAAAUGAGGCCGGCCGCAGUCCUGGCCGGACUGUUCCUCCUGCUGGCUCUCUACUGCGGCAUCGACCCAUUCAAGCACAGCGCAAUCUCCGACUUCCCCGACUUCGAGGCAUACGAGGUCGACAUGCCGCAGUUGUCCGAGGUUCCGGUCGACAGGGACUCCGACAACUUGUUGCAGAAGUCGGAGGUCAAGUUUCUGAAUCAGGUUCAGGGCCCCGAGAGCGUUGCCUUCGAUCCGCAGGGCCGUGGCCCCUACACCGGAGUCGCCGACGGCCGGGUUCUCUUCUGGAACGGCCACGCUUGGUCUGAUUUUGCCUAUACUUCGCCCAAUCGGUCAGAGCUGUGUGAUCCCAAACCAUCCCCUACAAGCUACUUGAAGAAUGAGCACAUAUGUGGGAGGCCUUUGGGUCUUCGAUUCGACAAAAGAACAGGUGAUCUAUAUAUUGCAGAUGCAUAUCUUGGGCUGAUGAAGGUCGGGCCUCAAGGUGGACAGGCAACGCCGCUGGCAACUGAAGCAGAAGGGGUGCCUUUCAGCUUCACUAAUGAUUUGGAUGUUGAUGAUGAAGGAAAUAUUUAUUUCACAGAAAGCAGCACCAAAUACCAAAGGCGGAACUUCUUGCAGUUAAUUUUCUCUGGUGAAGAUAGUGGGAGGGUGCUCAAGUACAAUCCCAAUACAAAAGAAACAACUGUCCUUGUUCGAAAUAUCCAAUUUGCUAAUGGCCUAUCCCUAAGCAAGGAUGGUUCUUUCUUUGUGUUCUGCGAAGGGCUUGGUGGCAGACUAUGGAAGCACUGGUUGAAAGGUGAGAAAGCAGGGAACUCAGAAGUCUUCGCCAUUCUACCUGGUUUCCCCGACAAUGUCAGAACAAAUGAAAACGGGGAAUUCUGGGUAGCAGCCCACUGCCGGCGCAACAUGUACGCCCACCUGUCCGGAUUAUACCCAAAAGUUAGGAAAUUCUUGCUUAAGCUUCCAAUCCCUGCAAGGCUUCAGUACUUGAUCUUCAUAGGAGGACGACAACACGCAAUGAUCGUGAAGUACAGCCCAGAGGGCAAGCUGUUACAGAUAUUGGAGGACAGUCAAGGGAAGGUGGUUAGAGCAGUUAGCGAGGUGGAGGAGCGGGACGGAAAGCUUUGGAUGGGAAGCGUCUUGAUGUCCUUCGUUGCAGUUUACCAGUUAUAAUGCUCCCCUCCCCGCCUUGCUGGCAUGGAGUAGAAUCUUUUACAUUCAGAUGUUGUAAACAUGCCCUUUCUGAUAACCCCGCAACUAUUUCCUUUCCUUUCCUUUCUUUUCCACGAUAGGCGACGACGGAUGGUGGUUUUAUUUGAAAGGCAGCCUGAGCCGACAAUGAUACCUUCUUCAGUGCUAUAGUGUUUGCUCUGUUUUCUCUUUGCUCUGUUUUCUUCUUAUGAGAAAUCUAAGUUUGUUUCUUCACGUCAUUGUCCCCUCCUCAAAAAGACAGUACCUAAUAUGGUACUCUGCUCAAUAUUAUUCAUUCAAACCAACCUUUUUGGUUGUAAUGAGUAAUUCUCAUGCCUGAUGCAGAAGCAGACCUAGCCCCAGCCCCAGGAAUGGUAGAAAAUAGUUUUCACUUUACUAAAUGUUAGUGUUAGUGCUGAGCCGGUACGCUCAUGUUUUUGAGAUACACGAUGUGGAUGAAGAAGUUUUGCCAAUGUUGACAUUGGAGGAUCUCAAGGAUAUGGGUGUGGGGUAUAAAUGUUGUUGGGUCGAGGCAGAAAAUGUAUUCUGUAAUUCCAAAGCUUGGCAAGGGCUAUUCUUGAGAUUUUGCAUGGUGGUAGCAGCUUAAGAUUGCAGCCAUGGCAGAGAUGGAACGAAUGCAUGUCUCGGAUGGUUAAGUACACUUUGUUUUCUUUAAUAAUACUAAUAUUUCAUAUGGUACUUAGUUUUGGAA